AUGGAUAUCAACUCAUUGUUGUCGCCGUCGGACUCGCCUGCGGGCACUCCCACACCACAGCCCGCGCCUGCCGCCGCGUCGCCAUCACUGCUACCAUCGCCGAGCAAGCGCACGAGGCGCCAGAUACCAUCGCGGACUCCCUCUGGCCUCAGCCAGCAGGUCAUGUCAUCGUCGUCACCCCAGCCUCAGUCCCAGCCUCAGUCCCAGCCCCAGCCGCACCAAACCCUCCAGUCGCGAGGCCCGUCGCCAGGCUACACCCAGAUCGCCAAUGGCGCAAGAUCGAUACACAGCGCCAUGGGCACGCCCCAGCAAGUCUCGUCGCCUCGUGACGCGCGCAUGACACCUCCGAAUCCCAUGUACCGGCAGGCGUCGACACCCGGUAUGGAUACACUAGCAGAUCUCGCCAGCAUGCAGCAACAACAAGCUGCGCGACAGAACUCUACAGUUCAUCAGCGACCAGUAACACUCCAACACCUGGGCCAAAAUCUCUCUGGCGAGUCGGUAGCCAGCAUCAUGUCCGAACCCUCGCCGCGACCGCGCAAUUUCGUCACGCGAUCUCUCGAGCCGCAACUUAUCGAUUGGCUCAACCAACUCGACAAGACCCUGCUUGAGAAUCCCUUCGACUAUUACAGCCAUGUCUCGCUCGUCACCACACUGCACCAAGGCCUGCAGAACCACCUCGCUUCUUUCGACGCCGACCCCAACGCAUACGAACUCGUCCAGACACUCCGCGAUGCUUACAAGACCAUGUCUGAUAAGUACCCAUUGGGUGAGCUGCUGUGGCACUACCGACUCAAUGACGAAAAGACUCUGGCAAGAGAUGUUGAAGAGCGCAUGGGCGUGCUAGAGUUGCAUAAACAGGCAACCCAGGAAGAGCCUUACAGUGCCAAACUCUGGGCAGCGUACGGUGAGUAUGUGAGCUACUUGGUCGCUUGCUCAUGGGACCAAGUACCGCCAGAGGAGUGGCCGGAAGAAGAACGUCUUAUCGGCCGUGAGCUUUUCCAACCUCAGCUCUUGCUGGAUGUGUUGCAGCAGGGCGCUGAGAGAGUCAAGUACAACCUCCAAGAAAGUAAUCUUGUGUGGGAUCGAUACUUGCAGGUGUUGGAAGAGGAUCUCGAACGGGGUGGUUUCAGCCAAGAAAAGGCAAAGAGAGUAGCCGCCAUUUACAAUGAACGUCUGGGCCAACCUCAUGCCACAUGGGCAAACACACUGUCGAGAUAUUCCUCGUUCAACUCUAGAUACAACCAGAGUCAUUACGAGCAAGUCAUGGAUGAUGCAGUUCAGAAGAACACCCACAUCAAGCAACAGUACGCCAAUCGCGAAGAAUAUGAAUUCAAGCUGUUGCAAGCCAUCCAGGCCGGCGACCAAGCCGCCGAGUACACCGCCAUGACGAGGUACCUGAAGUGGGAGAAGCGCACCAUGGGCGUCUACAGCUUCCACCUUGUCAAUGCGCUUUAUGAGCGAGCUACGCUCCGUUUCCCCGUCGAUCCAUCAAUAUGGGAGGAUCAUGUCGAGUUCCUUGUCUGGCAAGACAACCGUUCUGUCGACCUGCUGAAUGUCUUGGAACGCGCGACGCGUCACUGUCCUUGGUCUGGAGCACUGUGGUCACAUCGUCUACUUACACUUGAAGCAGAAAACAAGCCAUUUGAAGACCUCGAACUCGUCAAGCACACAGCAACAGGAUCGGGCCUUCUGGAGCACACUGACUUGGAUGAACUUAUCAAGGUGCAGCUUGCUUGGUGUGGCUACUUGCGCCGGAGAGCAUUUGAUGACCCUCGAGCCACAGAGGAUGACGUCGACGUUGCAGAAGUCGGCAUACGGUCUGCACUGGAAUUUGUCCGCGAAGUCGGCAUGAAGAAGCAUGGCAGAGAGUGGACCGACCCGAAAUACCGUCUUGAACGAACCCACAUAAAGUUCUGGCUUCAGCGUGGUGAUAUUGAUCAAGCUCGGCAGAUUCAAGAGUCUGUUGCAAAACACCAGGAGGACUCAUACGAUUUCUGGUAUCGCUACUACAUAUUUGAGAUGCUUCUCUGGGCACCACACUCAACCCGGAACAAGGACAAUGCAGGACACCAGCUCCUGCCGCCUUCUCUUGCAACUGCAGUCUUGGAACGUGGUAUGAAGCGCCUACAGACCAUUGACCACCCGGAACCACUCCUUGAGAUGUAUGUCAAUCAUUGUGAGCAACACGAGACAGCCAUCAAGGUCCGAAGCGCUGCGAUGGAGCGACGAAGAGCAGAGCGCAUCAUCUCAGUUCGUAGGGAAAAGGAACGUGCACUCGCAGCCCAAACAGCGGCGUUGCAAGAGACCCCAGAGAGCCAUGCAGCAGAUGCUUCAAGUAAGCGUAAGAGAGAAGGUGGAGAUGAGGAAGCGGUUCCAAAAAAGAGCAAGCAUGGAGAGACGGAGGAGGUUGCUAGUGCUGCGGUCAACGGCCAGGCCAGAGUGGCUAGCGAAGCUCCCUCGGAGGCUCGCUCCACCGGACCUAAACGGGAUCGGGAGCAUACUUCCAUCAUUGUCAAGAAGCUACCUCCUAAUACAUCACAGACCAGGAUACGCCAAUUCUUCACGGACGCCGGUACUGUGCGCAAUCUGGUGCUGAAAAAAGAGAAGGAUAGCUUGACUGCAGUCGUAGAGUUUGAGACACCCGAGGAAGCUGAUUACGCAUUGAGCAAAGAGGCAAAGGGCUUUGAUGGCCACGAGAUUUCGAUUGAGCGAGGCCAAAGCACGACACUCUAUGUCACAAACUAUCCCGCACAUGCCGAUGAAGCAUGGUUGAGAAACCUGUACAACCCCUUUGGCGAGAUUGUGGGCAUUCGAUUCCCCUCUCUGAAAUAUGAUGCACAUCGCCGAUUCUGCUAUGUGCAAUUCGCCUCUGCCGAAGAAGCAAUUGCAGCGACACAGCUGGAUGGUACUGACGUAGAGGGACUAAAGCUCAUCUCGAAGAUAUCCGAUCCUAACGCCAAAAAGAAACGCGACGGCGCGACAUCUGAGGGCCGUGAGGUAUACGUCUGGCAUCUCAACUUCAAGAUCACGGAGCGUGAGAUCCGAGACGCUUUUGCCAAGUUUGGCAAGAUUGAAAGAACCAAAUGUCCCAUCAUCAAGAAGACUGGGAACAAUCGCGGCUUCUGUUACAUUGUCUAUGAGACAAAAGAAAGUGCCGACGCUGCGGUUGCAGAGAUGCAUGAGAAAGAGUUCCAUGGUCUCAAACUUAAUGUCGAGAUUGCCAGUGACCGACCUGCAACGAAGCCAAAGAUACAAUCAACACUCGAGAACCCAGAAGCCCCAUCUGUCCAUGAGACAGCUUCCGGGCAGGGCAAUGGACCUGCAGAUGCCGCUCUUAAGCCAGCAUCGUUCAUGGACCGGUCUAUCGCCAUCCUCAACCUGCCAGAUACUGUCCCCGAUGUGCGCAUCAAGCCACUUGUCGAACAGUACGGCUUCAAAAAGAUUAAACUAGAGCCCCACCACGGCGGCGCCAUCAUCGAAUUCACAACCGUAGAGGGAGCAGGCAAAGCACAAUUUGCGCUCGAAGGCAAGGACUUUGAAGGAAGAAAACUACGCAUCGGCACAGUCCAAGACCUGAACAAACAAAAGGGAGAAUGGAAAGCUAGCAACAGCUUCGUCCAGCCCAACCGCGUCUCCCGUCCCACUGCCCCCCGUGGUGCCGGUCGUGGAAGAGGAAAACCAGGCCUCGGCCGCCCCAUGAUACCUAAGAGUGCGCUCUCCAGCAACGGCGAGCCAAAAAGUAAUGCGGAUUUUCGCGCGCAGUUCCUUAAAGAAUCCACAAACAAGGACUCGACCAAGGAUGCGGAUAGGAUGGAGGAGUAA